CAGAGAAAGGACUGGUGGAGUCAUCUUCCACAUCAGUGUAUUUAUGGUUUUAUUUGGGGGUUUUGGUUACAUAUGAGUCUGCUCUUAUAACAAUGACCAAUAUUCAAAUGUGUUUGACAUGACAGGUAGCAUGCAGCUAAAUUCAACAAGAGAAAUAGCUAAUUCCAACACCCCACCCCAAAAUCUAGGGGGUUAUUUCUGUAAAGCCAAAUAUCAUUUGUUAGAAUAAGCCCAGGCAUAUCAGACAGCCCAACUGCAGCUUUAGAGGCACAGCUCAAAAUUGAUAACCUCAAGAAGUUUCUCCAGAAUCAAAACAAGACACUGGCUCACUGGAAACUAUCUUCCAAAGAUCCUCAGAUGCAGUACUAGGGCAGUACAUUAAGUUAUGUCCCUGAGCAUUCUUGGGAACACUAUAAUGUUUUGCUACCAGCAAGCAGUAGGUGAAAGAAGAAAUCUUGCCAAGGUAAUUUCGUUUUCUCAAUACACGGAUUAUAUAACUUCUUGACUGGGUUCCAACUUUCAUUUUCCUGAAGAAGGAAAUUGAAACUACUCAGCUGAGAAGGAAAACAAGAAAAAUGUGCCACCUCUCUCUCCCACGUGACUCAGAAGCUAGCCUGUAAGACUUUUGGUAUUUAACCGCUGAAUCUGAAGUGAACCUCGGAGAGGUGUUGUACAGGGCACUGAGACAACUAGCCAAGAUGUGGCUGUUGAUGCUAACAGGUUUUGCUGAGAAGCUGCUUCAUGUUUUCAGCUUCCAGCUGACCUCUCUGUGGAAGAUGCUAAUACAUUUAUCCUCCUCAUUUGGGACAUUGCUAUGGUCUACUGGUGGCAAGAGGAGCAUUCAGCAGAGGAGGAAGAAAAGAGGAAAAAGAGAAGAGACCUUAGGAGAGGAAGAUGCCUCAGAGGUCCCUGUUAGCCCCGUCAGUGUCAACUAUCAUUUCACACGCCAGUGUAACUACAAGUGUGGUUUCUGCUUCCACACUGCUAAGACAUCAUUUGUGCUUCCUCUAGAGGAAGCCAAGAGAGGUCUCCUUAUGCUUAAAGAAGCAGGUAUGGAGAAGAUCAACUUUUCAGGAGGAGAACCAUUUCUGCAUGACAGGGGAGAAUUUCUAGGCAAAUUGGUGAAAUUCUGCAAAAAAGAACUAAAACUCCCUAGUGUCAGCAUCGUGAGUAAUGGAAGUCUGAUCAAAGAGAAAUGGUUCAAGAACUAUGGUGAAUACCUAGAUAUUCUUGCUAUUUCAUGUGAUAGUUUUGAUGAGCAAAUCAAUACACUGAUUGGCCGUGGACAAGGGAAGAAAAAUCAUGUGGAGAACUUAUGGAAGCUGAGGAAGUGGUGUACAGAAUAUAGGGUUGCUUUCAAGAUCAAUUCUGUUAUUAACAGAUUUAAUGUGGAAGAAGAUAUGAAUGAGCAGAUUCAGUACUUAAACCCUGUUCGCUGGAAAGUGUUCCAGUGCCUAAUCAUUGAGGGUGAGAAUGCUGGAGAAGAUGCCCUAAGAGAAGCCGAGCAAUUUGUCAUUAAUGAUGAGGAAUUUGAACAAUUCCUUGACCGGCAUAAAGAUAUCUCUUGUUUGGUACCUGAAUCUAAUAAGAAGAUGAAAGAUUCUUACCUCAUUCUGGAUGAAUAUAUGCGUUUUCUGGACUGUACAAGAGGCCGAAAGGAUCCUUCAAAAUCAAUUUUGGAUGUGGGGGUAGAAGAGGCUAUAAAAUUCAGUGGCUUUGAUGAAAAAAUGUUUCUAAAGAGAGGAGGAAAGUAUGUAUGGAGUAAAGCAGAUCUUAAACUGGACUGGUGAAGAUUAACACAUUGGCACAUGUGAAAAGGGAAUCUUUAAGAUCAAGAGUGUUCAUCCUUCUAACAAUGUAAUUCUGUUAAUGGACUACAUUUGAAUUGUGCAGCUACUACAUAGAAUUUUAGACCUCAAAGGUCAUCUAUUCCAGUGCCAUUUUACAGAGGAAGGAAACCAGGGACCAUAGACACUGUCUAAUGAUAUAUAGUAACAGAGAAGAAAGAUCUUUAAUUAUAAUUCAUCAAGCAUUUAUUGAGCACUUAUUAUGUGCCAGGUUCUGUGCUAAGCUUUGAGGACACCUUCUGCCCUCCAAAAAAGGCAAAAAUUCAGUGGCUGGCAUCAAGGAUCUCACAUUCUAUUGGAGAAACAACACAAAAUGAAAAUAAAUGGAUGCUUGGAAAAUCAUAUAUAAUACCCAAACAUCAUUUUCAACUUCAGGAGUUUAAAUCUUCUCCAAGGUAAAACAACAUGGGCAGAGCUGGCAACAAGAAGUCAGACUGAUUUGAACUUUUUUUGCUGUGUUCAAUAAUGUGCAAGGAAGUAUCUAAAGAGGAAGAAGAAAACCAGAGUGAUUGGAUAAUUCAAAAAUGUACAAUUUAUAGGAAUGAUGGAAAGCAAGAGAAAAGGUUUGCAAAAGGCAGAGGCUUCGCUUUGCAAUCCAAGGUGGCUCAUGCACAGAACACAAAGGAUUAAGUUCCAAGGAGUGUCAGGAAUAUAUAAAAAGAAGAAAAUAGUACUGGAGGAGGCCUUUGGUUCCUGUCUCUCAGAGAGCUGGGAGAGAUCACUUCCUGCUAGGGAAAAUAAUGGACUUUCAUUUGGAAGCCAUUUACCCUGCACCUGAGAUUUCUCCCAUCUUCUAUUUGGUCUCUAAUUAGAGAUUUAUCUACCAGAAUUACCUCUGUUCCCACUGACCAUGUUCCUGAGUUCCUGUUUCCUACUUGUUAUCUUAUUUACUAAGAAGAGGCCAACCUGAGCCAAGAAGAUCUGUCUGUCAUCAAGUGAAGCUGCAGCCUCUUGGCUGAACCCUUUAGGGUGACUUUGCCAUUCACCUUCACCCUAUCAAAGCAACCUGAACUAUAUUUUGUCCACCAAUAAUAUUUUGGGAGCCAAUAGUCAGGAAAGCUAGAUAGGGGUUAGGGGGUUAAAAGACAAUCAGUAAGCAGCUGGAAGAACAGAAGGCAGAUCUGUGAGGAUCUCUUAGCUUGGUGGGAAGAAAACUAGAGAAAUAGUGUUAGGAAAAUCUCCUUUGACCCUCCUUCCUUUCCCUGUGUGAAAAGACUCAAAUAAACACUUUUUUUAAAAAAGAAGAUAGCCGUCAGCUUGCCUUGUGUCACUGAAUCAGGUCUGAGGCCUACCAGACUGGCCUACAGCCUGAUACAAACAGAGAACAGCACUUGAUCAACUAUAAUCUAUAAGAGUCAAGUAAGUUAUAUAGUAUUUCAGAUUCAGAAUUAGAUAACAGAACUGGUUUCCAUUCAAAUUCAAGCCUGUUUUUUUUUUCUAAUCCAGAUUAUUCUUAUUGCAUGACUAAUACGUAUAUUAGGUUUUGUUAAUGGUCAUUUUUGGUGACUUAUUUUAAAGUUUUAAAUUAAAAUCAGAACACAUGUAGUAUAAGUGGAUACUGAAGCAUUUAUACAAGAAACAAUGAAGUCAAUUUUAAAUCAAUCCUUUGGCAAAUUUUUAUAUUACUAAGAAUAAAAAAAUGUAGAUAAAAGAUUAGUCCGUCCGAAAUUCUACUUAGCAUCAAAUGGUUAUUUUUACAAUAGUGCAUUACCAAUUACUUCAAUAAGUUGGUAAACCAUAUAUUGUUAAAGAAGCAAAUGGGAAAGUUUAACAGUAGACUUGGGUAUCUCUUGUAGUGUCCGAUAUGACCACUAGGGGGCACGUGGCUAUUAUAAAUGCCUUACACAGUAGAGCGAGUCAUGGAGAAAGUUUGUAGGCUCUUGCUGCGAAAAUGACAUUGUCAGAAAAUUGGUAAACUUCACCCAUUUUUGUUAAGAAGAGUAUAAACACUUUAUGAAAAAAUAAUACCCUGUUACUUGGCUUAGUCUUUCCAGGAAAUGGGAAAGAAAAUGUUCUUGUAAAUAUUUUGGGGUAUUUUCCCCUACUUUAAUUUUUGCCCAGAGCACUAGACUUGUAAUCAGGAAAACUUUGAUUUGAAUCCUGCCUAAAUGGUCUCUAAGGGGCUUUUCUUAGAGUGCUAUAAUCUCUCCAACUGUUUAGUUUACCCCUCACAUUCACUAUCAGAAUCUGGCCUACUGUUUUAAAAUAAUCAUUUAUUCAUUUAAUAAAUAUGUAUUAAGUAUCUGUAAUGUGCUAAGCAAUGGGAAAUAAAAAAAUAAAAAAGAGGCAAAAGAUAGUCGCCGCCCUCAAGAAGUUAAGCUUCUAAUAGAUAAAAUAAAAUAUAAAUAAAUAUUUACAAUGCAAGCUGUAUGUAGGAACUAAUUAAGACAUCAAACACUUGAAUAUUGAGGAAGGAUCCCUGUAAAGAUGGAUUUUAGUUAGAUGUUAGUGGGAUUUUUGUUAUUAUUUCAUCAAUUUAGAGUUGGAAAGGAUUUCAGGAGGCAACUAGUCUCCACCCUGUGCCCCCCCCUUUUUAAAAUAGAGAAACAGAAAUUAAGUGAGUUGACCAAGGCCACAUAUCUGAAAUGAAAUUUGAAUCAAGGUUCUCAGACUCCACUUCUUUUCCAUUCUCCUAACCAGCAUUAUUCAGUUUCAAGUGUGAUUGUUCUUCAGUAUUCUUAGGUAGAGGGAAGGUUAUCUCUGUUUCUAAGCAUUUAUUUUCUUCAUUGUUACUCCUUUGGAAACAAAGUCCUGAUUCCAGUCAUUUCCAUAUCAAUGCUCUAGCAAUGUCUCCUAUUUCUUUACUUCUUUAAGGUUUGUAAUACCAUUUUUUCCCCACAAAAAAAGCAGAGAGGUAUAUAGUUCCAAGUAUUGCUAUCUUCAUUUUACAAGUAAGGAAACUGAGUUGAGAUGGUGGGGAGUGAACUGCUUAUGGUUACAUUAUUAACUUUAGAUGUCUAUCAUUGAUACAUAAUGAACAAAACCAAAACAGAGGAGUUGCAACAAAAACCCUUCUUUUUUGUUUAGCCUUCUUUAAUCAAUUAAUAAGCAUUUAUUUUAUUAAAAGCCUCCCACCUGCUUAGUGUAGCAGGAGCUAAGGAUACAGAUGAGGAAAAUGGAACAAUCCUCUUGAGAGUGGAGAAUGUUAAUAAUUGCUGACAUUGUAUUUUCUGAAUUUAAGCUUGUCAUUACCUGGAGUCUAUUAGACUUUAGCUAGAAUAAUAAUUUAUACAUUUUGAUAUCCAAGACAAAUCAUGGGAAAUGGCCCAAGGGGAAAGCAGUUUUAAAUAAUCUCUCAAAUAGAUCCUUUUGAGACAAAUUCAAUUGAGAAGUAAUGUGAAGAGAUGCCAGGCCACAAAUCUCUGUGACUAGAGUGACUCUCUCCUUUAGAAGUUUCUUACUUUGACCAAUUAUUCUUUGCAAGGUGUUAAAUUGUUAAGUAUAAGUGGCUAAUACCCUCUAAAUUUCAGCACCCUUGGAUAAAGUACUUAUUAUUCCAUUCUAGCUUUGUCUUUAAAAUAUAGACCUAAAGGUUUGUGAAAUAAGGCAGAAGCUAUACUAGAAAUUGAUUUAUUAAGAAUCUCAACUUUAAUGUCUUUGAUUUUAUAUUUGUGUGAGAAGAUUGUUUUAAAAAAUAAGUGUAAAUGAGUUUUUUUCUAUGAUGUUAUUUCCCUGUAUGCCAUACCUUUAGACAUUACUGAAAUGUUUCAGAUUGAAAUAAAUUAAAAUAUUUUUGCAUCAUUCA